CUUUAUUCUCUCCGCCCAGACCAUCUUUCUCCUGCGCGAAGCCUCUUGCAUAAUUUCCGCUUUCCCCAACACCAGAAAUUUCCCAAAUCUCUUCUCCUUCUAAAUCUCGCCUUCGAUCUCGAUUCCUCAUGGCGCCCAAGGCCGAGAAGAAGCCUGCCGAGAAGAAGCCGGUCUCUGAUAAGCCGGCAGAGGAGAAGAAGGCUGUGGCGGAGAAGGCCCCCGCCGAGAAGAAGCCCAAGGCCGGGAAGCGCCUCCCGACCAAGGAGGGCGGCGCCGGCGACAAGAAGAAGAAGAAGGCGAAGAAGGGGAGCGAGACCUACAAGAUCUACAUCUUCAAGGUCUUGAAACAGGUCCACCCAGAUAUCGGCAUCUCGAGCAAGGCCAUGGGCAUCAUGAACUCCUUCAUCAACGACAUCUUCGAGAAGCUCGCCCAGGAGUCUUCCAAGCUCGCCCGCUACAACAAGAAGCCGACCAUCACCUCCCGGGAGAUCCAGACCUCCGUUCGCCUCGUCCUCCCGGGCGAGCUCGCCAAGCACGCCGUCUCUGAGGGCACCAAAGCCGUCACCAAGUUCACCAGCUCUUAGAUCUAGGGUUUCUUAUCUAAUUUUUCUUUUUUAAAAAAACUGCGUAAUUGCUAUGUUUUUGGGAUCUUAGUUUUAGCUUUCGUUUCGAUGGAAACGAUAUGUUGCAAAGCAUUGAAAGCAAUGAAUUAGAAACCUUUGUUUUAUUAGUUUA